AUGCUAGGAGGAUUUGGUGAUAAACUCGGACUGGGAGGUUUAUUUGGUCGCAAGAAGAAAGAACCUUCUUACAGCCCCAUGUUUGGAGGAUCUUUUGGCGGAAUCAACGCCAACGACAUGUCCAUGAUGUUCAUGUCAGGAUUUCCACCGACAGGGGGCGCUGGCGGGAUGCAGGGAGGGUUCGGUGGAAUGCCGGGAGCUCCUGAUAUAGGUGGAGCUGGACUAGGGUUUGGGGGGUCGGGACUUGGUGGGUUGGGCGGUCAAGGGCUAGGUGGGAUGGGCGGUCAAGGGCUUGGUGGUAUGGAUAUGGGAUUAGGUGGCGGUGGCAUGGGAUUGGGCGGAGGGAUGGGAUGGGGGGGAGGCAUGGGAUUAGGGAGUCCAAGUAUGACCGGAGGAUUUGGACAACAGUCGAUGAGUCAAGGUCAAUCCGGCUUUGGAAGGAGGCGUCGGCGACGCGCCAUUAGGUAUUGUCACUGA